AGAGUGACAUUAAUUUCUUAAUGAGCAUGGCGCUGCAGAAAGUGGCCUUUCUUCCCUUCGGAUACCUCAUCGACCAAUGGCGGUGGUCGGUCUUCAGUGGGCAGACAACUCCUGCAACAUACAACAAGGACUGGUGGGACCUCAGAUGUCAUCUACAAGGGAUUUCACCUCCUGUGGCGCGGUCAGAAGAUGACUUUGACCCUGGUGCGAAAUAUCAUGUUCCAGCUGCUGUACCCUACAUCAG